ACACACACUUGAAUUUGGUUUUCUCCUCUCUAACAGGAGGGAGUAGCUUUUCUUUGCGAUGCCCUCCCGUCCGCCUCCAAUCUAAAGCUUUCUCCCUUGAAAAACGGGAACUAGAGGGUCGCUUUUGGGGGCGUUAACGACUGUUGAAAAGGGGUCAUGAUCUUUGGAGGCCGCAGAUCAGCUUUUUAUUGAGAGUUCUUUCAUCAGUUGGAGGGGACCUCAGGAGGUGUCCAGUCCCAACCCCUCGGUUCAGGGUUAGCUCUGAGAUCAGACCAGGUUCCUCAGAGCUUUAUCCGUUCUGGUCUUAAAGACUUCCAAAGGAUGGACCCUGUGCGACCUCUUCACCAGGAAAAGUAAAGACAAUACUGUUUCUGCCAGUCCAGACACAAGUUUUGAAAGAUUCAUGUCUGUGGAGGCCAUCGACAUGUGUACCCCGUGCACAGCCACCAGCACCCCCUCACCCGCCUCCCUCCGGAGCCGCUCUCCGCCAGCACCGCCCGCCGCCACCUCACGGCGCUGCCCGGCGGAAGGGGCGGCCAUGGCGGCGCUCCCGCCCCUCACCCGGCCCCGCACCAGGCGAGAGGGAGAUGGCGGCGCCGCCGGAGCUGCGGGAGGCGCUGGAGCAGCGGCUGCGGGACCUGGGCAUCGCCGCCGUCACCGCCGAGCACCCCCAGGUGUUCACCGUUGAAGAAAUGAUGCCCCAUGUCCAACAUAUGAAAGGAGGUCACAGUAAAAACCUGUUUCUUAAAGACAAAAAGAAGAAAGGGUUCUGGCUGGUGACUGUUCUGCACAACAGGCAAGUCAAUUUAAAUGAUCUUGCUAAAAAACUGGGUGUUGGAAGUGGAAACCUAAGAUUUGCUGAUGAAAACGCCAUGCUGGAAAAGCUAAAAGUGGGCCAGGGCUGUGCGACACCUCUAGCCCUCUUCUGUGACCAGGGAGAUGUGAGGUUUGUGCUGGAUGCUGGCUUUCUGGAAGGUGGCCACGAAAAGGUGUAUUUCCAUCCGAUGACAAACUCUGCAACCAUGGGCUUAAGCCCCGACGACUUUUUGAAGUUUGUGAGAUCUACAGGCCAUGAUCCCAUCAUCAUACAUUUUGAUGAAGACAUUCAGUAGAUGAAGUUUACUUUUCUAUUAUCAGGCAUAGAUUUUGUAGAGCAAAACUGGUGAAAAGUCUCAUUACAAAUAAAAUUUGGGGGAGGAAAGCUUACUCCUUUAUUUUUUCAAUUGUGUACGUUUAUAUUGUAUAAUCUGGUGAGAAAAAAAAAAUACUGUCUUCGGGUUAUUAAAAGUUUAACAGAAUAGUCUCAAAAAGACAAGACAUGUUUGCAAUCUACCAUUAAGUAACCAGAACUAGAAAAGGCAUUAUUUGAAUAAUGUUAUACUGUUUAUUAAUAAAACGGAUAAAACUGGAA